ACCUCAAGACUUCUUUACAAUUUUCGUCUCAAUUUCAAAAAACUUACGACCCAUCGUCAUCCGCAAGCCGCUGAUAAAUAGUGAAUACAAAAAGCUAUAUACUCUUAAUUUUUUUCUUUUAUUAAUUAUCCAAAAAUAAAUUAAAAAAUUUGCAUUCUAUUUUAAUUUUAACUAUACGUAAAUACACAAAUUAGAAAAAUAGUUUGCGUUUCUCAUUUGAUCCCAGCAAAACUAACUUUGAGGAGAAAGAAGAAAAAAACACUUUCUUUUCUGACUCUAGAUUAUAAUUCCAGAAGUGCCUACAAUGUAUGUGCCUGUGGCUCAUUCAGCCACACCUGAGGUUGGAUUUCCUAAUGAAACUGGGAUCUCCGUUGUGACUCUGGAUCAAAUUCCGCGGUGGAUUGAUGCUGAGCAAUCUGUGGGACAUGAUGAUAAUGGAGAUUCAUCAUUUUCUAAUCCGUACUUUCCCGAUCCUUUGACUUCCCAAUCAGAAGCCGACAGUGGUGGCAUUGGCUCUGUGUCGAGGUUUCCUGUUGACAAUGAAGUUAAUUUGAAGAUAUACUUGUGGAGGGGAAAUCCGUGGAACCUUGAGGUGGAUGCUGUGGUCAAUUCAACAAAUGAGGUCAUGGAUGAAGCACAUAGCAGCGCUGGGCUGCAUGCUGCAGCUGGACCUGGUCUUGCAGAAGAGUGCGCAACUUUGGGUGGAUGCCGAACGGGGAUGGCUAAAGCUACCUGUGCAUAUAACCUUCCUGCAAGAAAAGUUAUUCAUACUGUUGGACCAAAGUAUGCUGUGAAGUACCACACUGCUGCCGAAAAUGCUUUAAGUCAUUGCUAUCGGUCUUGCUUGGAGGUUCUAAUUGAAAAUGGCCUUCAAAGCAUUGCUUUCAGCUGUAUUUAUACAGAGGCAAAGAAUUAUCCUCGUGAACCGGCUGCACAUGUAGCUAUAAGGACUGUUAGACGGUUUCUUGAGAAGCAGAAAGACAACAUAAUUGCUGUUGUAUUUUGUACUACCAGUACACUAGAUACCGAGAUAUAUAAGAGGUUACUUCCACUUUACUUUCCACGGGAUAAACAUGAGGAGGAGGUAGCUUUGUUAAAGCUUCCUGCAGAUGUUGGGGAUGAGAAUGGAGAGACUGUCAUAGAUGAGCGUAAAAUUAGAAUCAAGCCUUUACCUAAGAAACAAGUUCGAAGACCUCCUGAACCUCCAGCUGAUGUUCCUGUUAGUGAUGUAGGCACAAUUCGUAGGACUUCAUCAUAUUUGGAUUCAUUUCUGGAUCCUGCCUUCAUGUCUUUGAUUAAAGACCCUGAUGAAAGACGUCUGGAGCAGUGGGAGAAAACUGUUAAAGCCCAAAAUAGCUGGAAUUUUACUAAAUUUCUUGGACUUGGCGAGCUUGGUGGACCUCCAUUGUCUGCUGCCGAAGAAUAUUCUCUACACUCAAGAUAUCUUUCUAAAGCAAAUUCCUUGAAUCUUUCUGAAAUAGCAGAGAUGAAAAUUAUCUACCGUGGAGGUGUAGACAGUGAGGGUCGUCCUGUCAUGGUUGUUGUGGGGGCUCACUUUUUGCUCAGAUGCCUUGAUUUGGAUCGAUUUGUGCUCUAUGUUGUGAAGGAGUUUGAGCCUAUAAUACAGAAGCCGUAUACUAUUGUCUACUUCCACUCUGCUGCAUCACUACAGAUGCAACCAAACUUGGGAUGGAUGAGAAGAUUACAACAAAUACUUGGUCGGAAGCACCAGCGGAACCUACAUGCGGUAUAUGUCCUUCACCCAUCUUUGGGGCUAAAAGUAGCUGUAUUUGCACUCCAGUUGCUCGUGGACAAUAUGGUAAGUUGCAUCAAAAUUAUUUUGUUGAACUUAAACCUGCAUAGCAUUUGCAGGAUAUCCAAAUGCUUCAUUCCAGAUUUUGUGUUCCAGCAUGAUUUAGAAGUGAAUGGAGGAAAGGGUCUCAUGGUAGAUCCAAGAACAAAAUAUGUUUAUCACAGACCAUGAACAUGUCAUCAUGUGCAGUGCCAAUCAUCAAUAGAUGAUGAUAGUCUGAUAGAUAAGUGUCAGCUGUUGUUACUUCAUUAUUUUGUCUUGUCCCAUUAUUAUAGGGAGUGGGAAGAGGAUCUAU